AUGGUUACUACUACUUCAACGACGUCGCAUCACCACGGCGAUGAAACUCUGCAUUACUACCUGCCGGACACAAACACGCGAGAGGCAGAGUUGCAAAAACAAGGGUGGAUGGAACCAAUAGUAAUAGACGACGAAGAUUUGAUGUUCAGCGGUAAAAGCCUGAGUGCUUGGUAUGAGGAAGAGAGGAAGUCGGUUAGUAGUCCAGCCGAAGAAGAACGACGGGGUCGUCAAAGAGUGAGUUUCACCUUAAGAUUCGUGGUAGAAUAA